GUGUCCAAAGUGAAAUAGCGUAGCGCGGUUUGUUGUUAGAUUUGUUAGUUUUUCAUACUUAGGGUAAUUUUAUUUAUUUUAAUUAGCCAUGGAGGUCAUUGUGGCUAAUGUAGAUCAUAUCAAAUUCGAUAUUGAUUACGCAUUAGAACAGCAGUAUGGAGCACUACCGUUGCCUUUCCCGGGAAUGGACAAAUCGACUGCAGCGGUUUGCGAGUUUUUUGGACAACCAGGUGGUUGUAGCAACGGUCCUCAAUGCCCUUACAGACACGUCCGCGGUGACCGCACAGUUGUGUGCAAGCAUUGGCUACGUGGACUGUGUAAAAAAGGCGACCAGUGUGAAUUUCUACACGAAUAUGACAUGACUAAGAUGCCUGAAUGUUACUUUUACGCUAGAUUUAACGCAUGUCACAAUAAAGAGUGCCCAUUCCUUCACAUAGAUCCAGAGAGUAAAAUUAAAGACUGUCCUUGGUAUGACAGAGGUUUCUGCAGGCAUGGUCCGCAUUGUAGACACCGGCAUGUCAGGAGAGUGUUGUGUAUGAACUAUCUAGCUGGUUUCUGUCCAGACGGUUCAAGCUGUAAGUUCAUGCAUCCGAGGUUUGAGCUACCAGCUCCUCCAGAACAGACUAAGGACACUAAACGUCUUCCUGUAUGCCAUUACUGCUCAGAAGUUGGACAUAAAGCAUCUACGUGUAAUAAGAUUCCACCUGAUCAAAGGGAAGUAGUAUUAAGGCAAGAGGAGGCAAGAUACAGAUCUCUAGGCUAUGUGAAACAAGUGUCGGAAGAUGGUGACGGUCACAGAAUGCAGCGGUUAAUGCACAAACCGUUAGAAGAAGUGACCUGCUUCAAAUGUGGGACAAAGGGACAUUACGCGAACAAAUGCCCCAAGGGUCACUUGGCCUUCCUCUCAAACCAGCCAGGACAAAACAACAACCACAAUAUGUUCAAAAAACCCAACUAGUAUAAGCUUGUGAAGUCUUACGGGGCUUCAAUAUAGUUGUACAAGUAACAAGUGAUGCCAGUGCUGAAUUAUUUGGUACUAGCAGGCCACAAAUGACAUAAGUGCGGAAGUGUUUUUUUUUCCAGUGUAUGUAUGGAUGUUCUGCUAUUUUAUUAUGGUAGAUGUAUGAAAUUUCAUGUUGUGCAUGAUUUAGAGAACCAAAAUUAAGUCUGAUCAUGUACCUUCUCUUUUCAAAAUAAUUAAUUUGUCUAAUUUCUCUCACUUUAAAAUCAAAAUAGCCUCAUAUUUUUUUAUUUAUAUUUGUCCAGAAGAAUGAUGAUUUGUGUGAUGUCUAAAAAUCAAAUAAUAAUAGAAUUCUUUUUUUUCUCUUUAAUAUUUAAUAGAUUGACACAAAUUAAUAUUCCUAUUCCUUAAUGCAGUGUAUAAAAUGAUAUUCAAACUGUACUUUCAUAAUUUCAUUGUUAAAAAAUCAUUAUGUAUUUAAUUUAUACUAUGUACAAUGGUGCAUUAACACAUUCGUGUGAAUGGCGAUGCGAGUAAUAAACACGCAAACAUAAACAGUGCCCUCAUUAUUAUUUUUGAAAUUCGUAUUUAGAGCGGCUUUUCAGGGGUAAGCAAAUGGAAGAUGAAUGUAUAUGUGUACUCGUUUACAAAUAUUUGAACGAAUUUUUCGUUGGAUCACAAUGUGUAACGCACCAUGUUAGUUAAAUUGGUUAAUGCCUUUGAAAAUGUAGACCAAUUUAUCAGUAUAUAACACAGUUACACACGUCAUAAAGUUUCUACGCAAGAUGCAAGCAUUCGUCUUGUAAUCGUCAAUUGACGAAAACGUGUGCAUGACGUGCAUAUUACGUGAACAAUAAGCCUAGAAAAUAAUAAUAAAAUGUUUUUAGGAUAGUAAAAAUUGUAAAUAUUGUGUAAGACUAUUUGUAUGUAAAUAAAAUGUAAGAAUAAGUUGCA